AUGAUUGCGAUUGGCGGCAUCAUUGGUCCUGGCCUUCUCAUAGGCUCGGGCGGUGCUCUUGCUGCUGGUGGACCUGCCGCUUUGCUCAUUGUCUUUGCGCUCGUUGGGUUGGUGGCACUGUUUGUCAUGCAAAGUGUCGGCGACUUGGCAACCCUGUACCCUCAAGGUGGUUCCUUCAUGACAUGGACAGGACGUUUCGUGGAUGACGCCCUGUCCUUGGUUGUCGGGUGGAACUACUGGCUAAUCUGGGUCACUGUCCUUGCGAAUGAGUACAAUGUCAGCUCACUGCUUUUGCGGUACUGGACAACAGCGCUGCCCGGCUACGCUUGGGUGCUCUUACUCUGGUUCUUUUUCGGCUGUGUUGCUUUACUAGGAGUUGCCGUGUAUGGAGAACUGGAAUUCUAUUUGGCGAGCAUCAAGAUUGUGGGUCUGCUCGUAUUCUUUGUGGCAGCUAUAGCCAUCAACACAGGAGGCAUUGGCAAUCAAGGGUACAUUGGUUUCCGCUUCUUUGACAAUCCUGGUGCCUUCGCAGCUGGAUUCGCCGGCGUGGCCAAAGUAUUCUCCUUCACGUCAACCUUCUUCGCUGGUGUUGAAGCCAUUGGCACAACAGCCGGUGAGACACGAAAUCCGCGCAAGGCUAUCCCGACUGCCAUCAAGCAAGUUUUCUUCCGCAUCAUUGUUAUUUACCUCGGCACGGCAUUCUUCUUUACGCUCACUGUGCCGUAUAAUGCGAGUGAGCUCAUCAACGCAAAGUCUCGCAGUGCUGCUAGUCCGAUCACCAUUGCACUGACUCGAGCUGGUUGGGCUGGUAGUGUCCAUCUCGUCAACGCAUUCAUCCUUGUGGCAGUCAUCUCUGCAGCAAAUAGCUGCAUCUACAUCGCCUCGAGGACAGUACUCUUCCUCGCCAACGAGGGAAAAGCGCCACGAUUCCUUGCACGAACCACUCGACGCGGCGUUCCAGUCAACGCAAUCUUGUUUUCCAACUUUUUUGGCCUGUUGGCGCUCAUCAAUAGCGCAGAAGCUGCAGGCAAGGUCUACUCAAGUCUCAUCAACAUCUCCAGUGUAUCGACAUUCAUUGUCUGGGGCAUCAUCAACCUCAGCCAUAUCAGGCACACUGCAGGCUGGAAGGCACAAGGUUAUUCGAGGUCAUCAAUGCCAUAUCAGUCUUGGUAUCAGCCAUACCAGGCGUACGCUGGGCUCAUCUUGUCGACCAUCUUCACGCUGAUCCAAGGGUACAGCUCAUUUGCGCCUUUUAACAUUGAAGACUUUGUUGUUGCUUAUAUUGUUUUGCCUGUGUCUGUGCUCGGCUACAUUGGCUGGAAGUUUUGGCACAAGACCCGCUGGCUCAGGUCUCAUGAGAUGGAUCUGCAAUCUGGUCGCAUACUUGAGGAGGACUUGGAUGCGCCAUCUCUGGUGGACGGAUCAACGCAGAAGAAGAAGUCCAUCUGGAGAAGAAUGGCUGACACUGUAGCAGGCAAUGAGUAA